AUGAGAAUCAUCACAACUUUUAGAGACACCCUGGCUGACUUCAUCCUAGAACAAUCCAUAUUAUCUCUACCGCGUGGCCCUGCGACAGAAGGCCGGAAUUCCCCAGUAUCUGAUCUGGGGAACAGUGGAAUUUUCCAACUCUGCGCCAAAGAAACGCCCCUAUUCGUGACACCUCCAGGCUUUCAUCCUAACUCUACUUUUUUUGGUAUGAAGAAAGAACUUGAAGUGCUGCACAGCCGGCUAUUCAAAGCCAAGGCGCGUCCGGAAAAGACAAUGGCCGUACUAAUCUCCGGCGUUCCAGGCUCUGGAAAGACACAUCUAGCGCGGCAGUACGUUUUUACUCAACGUGACUGCUACCCAGGUGGCAUAUUUUGGAUUGACGCCAAGUCCCGUGAAUCGACGUACAAGUGUUUUUGGGAGAUUGCACAAGCAGCCACGCUAAUUGAGCAGAAGGUGACCGUGAACCCCGAGUACCACGAGACUGAAAAGUACGUGAAUGCAGUCCGCCUCUGGCUGCAGACACGCAAAGAUUGGCUCCUCAUCUUCGACGGCGUCACCUUCGAGCGCGAUGACGAUAUCAGUAAGUUCAGAGAGGUUCUGCCCUGGAGCAAACAGUGCAGUAUCAUAUACACCUCGGUCGAUAAAACGCUGCGCAAAAAGCGACGACUGUACGAGCCAUAUUGCCUGAUGAUCUCACGGUUGCAAGUGGGUGACGCUUGCAAGCUUCUGUUCAAGGAUCUUGGAAUUACACGACCGACACCCGAGCAAAUGGCCAAGGCUACCCAGAUAGUUGAGAACUACGAAUGUCUACCUCUGGCAAUUCAUGCAAUUGGGCACCGUCUCAAUGCAACGGGUAAACCGAUUGAAAAGUAUCAUGUCAGAUCUCAGGUGACAGACAAGAAGCUUGCAGAACCUUUCUUGAGUAUCAUGAACGACUUGUUUCGGUUGCAGCAAAAGCAGGCGCUGCACUUGAUUAAUCUUCUCUCGUUUCUUGGCCACCAGGUGCCAGUGGGCCUUCUGAACCUCGGUGGAGCGGCUAUGGCCGCCGUGAACUUAGAGAUCCAGACCAGCGCCCAAUCCGGAGAAGAUCCUGAUCUCGAUACUACUCUUGGAACCCUCAUUCACUAUGGUUUGAUUGAACGGAUUUCAGAUGCCGAUCUCUUUCAGCACAGAUCGUCUUUGCGUCACUCUGAUAGCGAUCCUAAGGACGUGAAGCUUGUUUCCGAACUCUCAGAUUCCCUGACAGAGAGCAGUCAAGAAGGAUUUUUCUCCAUAUACCGGGGUGGAUCUGUGGUUGAUGUAGUCAAGAUCCAUAGUGUCGUGCAGGGGUUCUGUCGUGAUGAGCUCCGAAUCAAGGACGAGGAGAACAAAGGCAUCAUGAGCAAGAAUGACCCUGGUUUUUUCGAUACUUGGCUGAUUGUUGCCACUCGUUUUCUCAUUACGUCCUACGAUGCCGCUAUGGGACGAAUGGCUCAUUACGAAGACUGUGGCCUUGUCCGGGACUACCGAGAGUACGAAACUCACGCUUCACGACUGCUUGAGCUCUUUCCAAAGAAAGCAGCCAUCAAUCUCCAUCCACUGAUCGUUCGUGAAACACGAGAGACCUUGCGACGAUUGAUGAAGAUAAUAAGCAAAGAGAUAGAUAAUGUGUCUCCAAGCUCCUCGCAAUACUCUACACGGAAUCAAAAGUCGGUUUUCGACAGGUCAAGCAGCUCGUCAUCAUCCCUCCGCGAUUCAUCCGACGAAGGCCCAUCGCGCCGCUCUACCUUCAACUGGAGUGAUCUUGAAUCAUCUCGAGCGGGAACGCCUGAGCAUAUAGCUACACCACCUCCCCAGUUCAGAUUAGAGCUUUUCCCUCCACAUAUCUUCAGGCAAGCUGGAUACGAAUCUGAAGAAGGUUAUGAAACAGACGGGGAAGUUAAGACAGCCAUGUCGCAAACGAGCCAAGCCACGGAGAAACCUAACAAGACACCUCCCUCAUUCAGUCCUCCACAAACAGCCGGCUUAGCGGAGUGGCAUGUGGUCAAUCGACACUCAAAGCAAAGGUCAAAUCAAGAUACUCAAACAAAGAGGCGCAGCAAAGGCCCUCGUCGCUUUGUAGAUACCAAGUUAAAUACCCCACUGGUCAGACUGUCCUCCAUCCAAGGAAAGGGAUCAUCAAGCCGCACAACAUCUGCCGAAACGGGGGGCACUUUGAUGUCAGCUUCGGAGGCUGAACAAGCACUUGCUGCAGUGCGUCGGUCUAGCAAUUCCCAAGCGUCCGCUGACGUUCCGCAGCCUGCAAUCACCUCUCCACCAUCCAACAAAGAGAAUAUGCCAACGUAUGCGAAUGUGGCAACUCGACGGAGGUUAGAAGUAAAGUCUACGAUGAAGCGCCCGUCAUCAGUUCCCAUUUCGCAGGCUUCAGCCUAUUUGAAUGAUGACUUGCAGAUAAAACAUUCCACUGACUCGCUCGACAGCCAAGCGGGCUACGCCUUUACAUCUCCGCUAUACCAUGAUGUGUCUGAAGAUUUGAUCACCGAGCCCCUGAGUCGGUCAACCUACAGUGAGCCUGAGUUCAAUAAGUUCAGUCACCAUCACGGGGCAGAUUUACAUACCACGCCUGGAUCCCAGGCUCCCUCUCGGCGUGGCUCAGUGCCACAUCUGGAGGUGCCACGAAAUCUAUCUGCAAGCGUGCCAUUCCUCUUUCCAUAUCCACCGCCGCCCCCAUACGAUGAGAACAACUCCGUUUCUCUUCCAAACCGCAGAAAAUCGUCUCAAUUAACACCAGGCUCAAUAAAUUCCCCAGGGGCUCUUUCUUCCAUUGCUCAUCCAUCCGCAAUUAUGCCCAGAGCUUUGCCAUCAUAUAAUGCCAAAGUACACGUGGGGUCAGCCCCAGAGCGCUCAGUUCCCGAGCCGAUGUCGCGUGACUCUUCCGCCUACUCUUAUCAAUCGUGGGCCACAGAACCCGUGCGAUAUCCCCCGAGUUUCCAACAGGCCGAGAUGAUCCUAAAUCCACCAUUGAGCAUGCAAAAUCAACAGCAAAUGUUGACCGGGACUAGCUGGACCGAAUUACCUCUGGCAGGCAAUGCUGCUCUCCAGCCAGAUCCCAUCUCCCUCAGCCCGCCCGCGUCAUCGCACGGACACCUCGGCUCCAUGGAAGAGCGACUGGAGCAUCCUGACUCGGGCUGGAACCAGGAGAUCGAGCCAGUGCAGUUUUUGCAUUUUGGCGAGCACCGUGUUGAUGUACAAGAUGCACGACUCCGACUCCAUGAAUCGGCUCGGCUGUUGCAUCCGCGGCCCCACCAGUAUCAGCCGUACCAUCCCAACUUGUCGGGUCCUUUGAUUCAGCAUGAGGGACAAAUCUAUGCGCCGGCUUCGCGACUGGAGGCAUACGGGACUCGUGCGCGUAGUGGAAGCUCCCCUGUGCAACCUGACUAUGCUGGUUUGGAUGUGCGGUUCUCAUAA